AUGGACACGGCCGUGCAGAGAUCCCACGUCUCCCACAUCCCUGCAGCGUCUCUGCAAAGUGCCUGUCUGUCUGUGGACGGCUCCUCAGACCGUGGGCGUUCUGCUGAUUUAUCCCUUUUCACCGCGCUGCCUGUUGACUGUGAGAAAACCUCUGUUUGCUCGGGUGUGUUUGGCAAACGGGCGGUGGGACAGCUCGCACCCUCGGCUCCUCCGAGGCCAUUCACGGGUUCUCCUCCUCUGAGCGGAACGGGCACGGUGACGGUUCUGGUGGACGACGUGAACGACAAUGUCCCCGUCUUCACGUCCUCCACGUUCCACACCACCAUCAUGGAGGACGCCCCGACGGGGACGGACGUGCUGCUGGUCAACAGCUCGGACGCGGACGUGGGCGUCAAUGGAGUCAUAAGCUACAGCCUGACAGGAGGACACGGCCAGUUCUCCAUCAACCCCGCCACGGGACAGAUCAUUACCAGCUCGCUGCUGGACCGGGAGGACCGGGCCAAUUACCAGCUGCUGGUGGUGGCGACGGACGGAGGGCAGCCCGAGGGUCUGUCCAGCUCCGCCACUGUGUCCGUGACGGUGGCGGACAUCAACGACAACCCCCCACGCUUCCACCACCACCCCUACGUCACGCACAUCCCUGCCUCUACUGCAGCAGGGUCUUUGGUCUUUGCUGUGACUGUCACUGAUGAGGACUCGGGUUCCAACGCCCAGCUGCACUACUCCCUGAUGGGCCGCAACUCUGAAAAGUUCAAGAUCGACCCCGUCAGAGGAGCCAUCACCUCCAUCGAGAAGCUGACGGGGAACUCAGAGGUCACCCUCACUGUUCGGGUAAAAGACGGCGGCACUAAUCCCAAAACGGACACGACCACUGUGACCGUCCGCUUCGUGACGGGAGGAAACUUCCCCGUCAUCAAGGUGAAGGAGCACACGUUCACGUUCCCCGAGAGCCAGUCGACCAACCACGUGGUCACGACGGUGACCGGCUCGUCUAUGAGGGGAGGACCGCUGUCGUAUUACAUCGCCAGCGGAAACCUGGAUUACGCUUUCCAUAUCGACCAGCUCUCAGGCGAGCUGUCAAUCAGACACUCACUGGAUUACGAGCACAUCCAGAAGUAUGUCCUCUGGGUCGAGGCCCGAGAUCAGGGCUUCCCGCCGUAUUCCUCCUACGAGAAGUUGGAAAUAACUGUGCUGGACGUGAACGACAAUCACCCGAAGUUUGACAAGGAUCCGUUCCACGCUGAGAUACUGGAGAGCCUUUCCCCUCAGCGGGUGCUGAUGGUGUCGGCUGUCGAUCUGGACAGCGGGCCCAACGGACAGCUGGAGUACGCCAUCAUCGACGGCAACAAGGAGAAUAGUUUCAACAUCAAUCGGGCGACUGGUGAAAUCCGGAGCACCAGGCCGCUGGAUCGAGAGAAAGUGGCUCAGUACACUUUGAAAGUCAAAGCCACCGACCGCGGGUUGCCGCCUAAGAACACGGCAGUGAAAGUGAUAAUCAGCGUUCUGGACGUGAACGACAACGCCCCGAGGUUUUCCAAAAUCUUCAGUGCGACAGUGGCUGAAAACGCCCCGGCGGGUUACACUGUCACCAGAGUCACCACCACCGAUGAGGACGCCGGUUCAAACGCCAUCAGCCGAUAUUCCAUCACAGACACGAGCCUCCCAUUCAACAUCAACCCGAGCUCGGGCGAUAUAACCAUAAGCAGACCGCUCAACCGAGAAGACACCGAUCAUUACAUCGUCAAAGUGUCGGCCCACGACUCCGGUUGGACGGUGAGCACAGACGUCACCAUAUUCGUCACAGACAUCAACGAUAACGGCCCCAGGUUCAGUCGUCCAUCUUACUACCUGGACUACCCUGAGCUCACUGACGUGGGCGCCCUGGUGACACGGGUGUCCGCCACGGAUCCCGACGAAGGUUCCAACGGCAGAAUUUUCUAUUUCAUCCGGUCUCAGUCAGAGUAUUUCAGAAUCAACGCCAGCUCUGGAGAGAUAUUUGUGAAGCAACAGCUAAGAUAUCAAAACUCCACGGGUGCCAGUAGCAUAAAUAUCAAUCGCCACAGCUUCAUUGUCACCGCAUCCGACCGGGCGGUGAAGCCUCUGCUGAGCGAGACAACGGUAAUUGUAAAUAUUGUCGACAGUAACGAUAAUCCGCCUGAGUUCGAUUCCCUCAGCUACUUUACCCCCGUCACCAAAAGUGUGAAGGUCGGCACCAGACUGAUCAGAGUCGUGGCUCACGACAAAAAAGACUUUGGCCUUAAUUCUGAGGUGGAAUAUUUGAUAACAGGAGGAAACAGCUCGAGUAAAUUCAAACUGGAUAAAACGAGCGGGUGGAUUACCGUCGCCUCCUCCCUGACCUCUGACAUGAAGAAGACUUUCCUCAUUGAUAUCACAGCGAGUGACAGAGGAAACCCUCCCCUGUCGGCGCGGACGUCCGUGCGGAUCGUGGUCACGGAGGAAAACCACCACACGCCUGAGUUCUCACAAAGCCAAAUCUCAGCCACUGUACCGGAGAGCCUCGCUGUGGGGACAGCCAUAAGGACCCUGUCUGCUAGAGACAAAGAUAAAGAGAUGAACGGCCUUAUCACCUACAACAUUACGUCAGGUAACGACGAGGGCCUGUUUUCACUGAAUACUAAAACUGGAAUGUUAUCUCUCGCUCAGCCGCUGGACUUUGAAGAGAAGCAGCAGCACAGUCUCAGAGUUUCAGCCACUGACGGCGGCUGGAUCGCAAAAACCAGUUACGUCUCCGUCACCGUGCACGUAACUGACGUCAAUGACAAUCCUCCUGUGUUUGAUCCUGACGAGUACUUCCCCACUGUGCAGGAGAACGUUCCCAGUGGCACCACCGUGGUGAAAAUGAACGCCACAGAUCGAGAUUCAGGAGCGAACGCGGUCAUGGCGUACGUGAUACAGUCCUCAGACAGCGACCUCUUUGUUAUUGACCCAAACUCUGGCACCAUCACCACGCAGGGCUUCUUGGAUUACGAGGCUAAGCAGGUCUACCAUUUAACGUUGAAGGCCUUCAAUGUCCCAGACGAGGAGCGCUGCAGCUUCGCCAACGUCAACAUUCAGCUGAAGGGAGCCAAUGAAUACGUCCCUCGCUUUGUCUCCAAACAGUACUACUUUGAGAUCUCUGAAGCCGCUCCAAGAGGCACAGUGGUCGGGGAAGUGUUCGCCAGCGAUCGUGACCAGGGGGUUGAUGGAGUGGUUUACUACCUCAUUUUCGGGAAGAGCAGAAGAAAAGGCUUUGGCAUCAACAAGAAAACAGGUCAGAUCUACGUCACGGGUACUUUGGACCGUGAGAAAGAGGAGAAGAUUUCACUGAAGGUGUUGGCCAAGAACGCGGGGAGCAUCCGCGGAGCAGAUAUCGAUGAGGUGUUUGUGAACAUCACGAUUCUCGACGCCAACGAUCCUCCCGUGUUCACCCAGGAGCUGUAUGACGUGCAGGUCAGUGAAGGUCUCUCUCCCGGUGGUCUGGUUACCUUCGUGAGCGCCGAGGACUCAGACUCUGUCCCGAGCUGGAGCAGAUUUUCUUACUCCAUCUCUCCUGAGUUUGAUAAAAGUGUUUUUACUAUCAAUCCGAAGACCGGCCAAGUGUCUGUGGCUGCAGAGCUGGACCGAGAAAAGACUCCUGUGUAUAAUCUGACCAUUCUAGCUGUGGAUACUGGCACACCUCCUGCAACCGGCAGCUCCACAGUUAUUGUGAAUCUGGAAGAUAUCAACGAUAACGGCCCAACUUUGACAACCGCUUACGCUGAGGUCAUGGAGAACCAGAGAGCUGGCACUGCAGUCGCAACACUCACAGCCUCUGACACGGAUCUCCCCCCCAACCAAGGCCCGUUCUUAUUCAGCCUCCUCAGCUCUGGAUCUGCAAACAGCUACUUCCGCCUGAGUCCAGCCGGAGUGUUAACUACGAGUCGGGAGAUCGACAGAGAGCAGAUCAGUGACUUCUACCUCUCGGUGGUGAUCAAGGAUUCUGGCGUGCCUCAGAUGUCCUCCACAGGAACCGUCCACGUCAAAAUAAACGAUCAGAACGACAACCCGUCGGGGCCGAGGUCCAUGGAGAUCUUUGUCCACUACUUUGGAAACAUGUUUCCUGGAGGUUCCUUGGGAGACGUCAAACCCCAGGACCCUGACAUUCAGGACAGGUUCCACUGCUCCCUCAUUCCUCCGUCCUCCGGUCUGUUCAGUGUCCCGACUGGAACCUGCAACCUCAACUCUAAAGCCCGCUCAACGGACGGGACUUUUGAACUCACCGUCCGAAGCAGCGACGGCGUCCACGGCUCAGUUAGCAAUACGGCCAGAGUCCUCUUCAUGGGCUUCACUAAUGCCACAGUGGACAACAGCAUUCUCAUUCGACUCAACUCCCAGGGAGUGAACAACUUCCUCACCAACCACUACCUCAGCUUUUUACGCAUUGCCAACUCUCAGCUGGCAGGACUGGGCACCGGGGUGCUUCUGUACGGAGCAUUUGAGCUCAACAAUCAGACUUUCCUGAUGGCAGCUGUCAAACGUGGCCACGGACAAUAUGUCAACCCCAGCGGCGUGGCCACAUUCUUCCAGAGUAUCAAAGACAUUUUAUAUAGACAGAGCGGGGUGCAAAUAGAUGCGGUGGACCAUGAUCCUUGCACUCAUAACCCAUGCCAGAAUGGAGGCAGCUGCAAGCGGCGUCUCAGUGUCGGGCCUGAUAUGAAGACAGAGGAAAGUGUCCCAGUGAUCCUUGUUUCAAACCACCCCCUGCAGCCGUAUGCCUGCAGCUGCAGGCCGGGAUACACAGGCGCCCUGUGUGAGACAGACAUUGACGAGUGCCAGCCAUCGCCCUGCCACAAUGGGGGCACCUGCCACAAUCUGGUGGGAGGUUUCUCCUGCACCUGUCCUGAAGGUUUCACCGGGAUGGCCUGUGAGAGGGAUAUCAACGAAUGCCUCUCUAAUCCCUGCAAGAACGGGGCGCUGUGCCAGAACUUCCCAGGCGGAUUCAACUGUCUCUGCAAAUCCGGCUUCGCAGGCAAAACGUGUGACUCCAUCAUCAAUCACUGUGAGUGUAACCCAUGUUUUAAUGGUGGGUCCUGUCAGAAUCGGGUGGAUGGAUAUUACUGUCACUGUGCGUUCGGGGUUUUCGGAAAGCACUGUGAGCUGAACAGCUACGGCUUCGAGGAGCUCUCCUACAUGGAGUUUCCGUCCCUGGAUCCCAACAAUAACUACAUAUAUAUUAAGUUUGCAACCCUGCAGAGCAACGCGCUGCUCAUGUACAACCACGAUAACCAGACCGGAGACAAGGCGGAGUUCCUGGCGCUGGAGAUCUUCGAGGGACGGAUGCGCUUCUCCUUCAACCUCGGGAGCGGAACCUAUAAACUCAUGACCAUGAUCAAAGUCGCAGAUGGGCAGUUCCACACGGUCAUCGCCAGGAGGGCUGGGAUGGCUGCGUCUCUGACUGUGGACCUGUGUGGUGAAGACCAGGAACCAGGCUACUGUGCUGUGAGCAACGUGGCAGUGCACACUGACUGGAUCCUGGACGUGCAGCCCAACAGACUCUCGGUGGGAGGCGUCAGGUCAAUAGAACCCGUCCUUCAUCGGCGCGGUCAGAUCGCCACCCACGACUUUGUCGGCUGCAUCAUGGAGUUCGCCGUGAACGGCCGGCCGCUGGAGCCCAGUCAGGCGCUGGCAUCGCGUGGCAUCCUUGACAGAUGUCCGAGACUGGAAGGAGCCUGCACCGCCAGCCCCUGCCGACACGGUGGAACCUGCUUGGACCACUGGUCCUGGCAGCAGUGCCAGUGUGUGGACGGAUUCACCGGCAAAUUCUGUGAGAAAUACAUGUCGGCCGACACCGCCCUGUCGCUGGACGGCACCGGCCGGCUGGACUACUCCCUGAAGUCGGGCCCCAAGCGGGACGUCCUGCUCCGGCAGGCGCUGCAGGGCUCGUCCCCGGACCCGACCGGGCCCAGCAGCCUGGAGGUGAAGUUCAGGACGCGCGGCAAGAGCGGCACGCUGCUGCACGUGCAGGAGAGCAGCAACUACACCACCGUGAAGCUGAGGAACGGGAACAUCCAGUACAUCUCAGACGCCGGCCUCGGUGGGAAGGUGGAGCGGACCGUGGGCGACGCGGUGCUGUCCGACGGCCAGUGGCACACGCUCCAGCUGGUGAAGAACGGCUCCACCACUGUGCUGCAGGUGGACAACGGCCACCCCCGGGUCAUCCAGCAUCCCACGCAGGACUUCGGAGGUCUGGGGGUCGUGACCUUCUCUCUGGGAGGGAUCCCACCCGGACCUGCGCAGCAGAAAACUGGAGCAGGUUUCGAUGGCUGCUUGGCCUACGUGAAGUACAACAGGGAGAACCUGCCGUUCACCGGAGAACACAGCCUGGUGACCUUGACCAAGACCAGCUCAUCGGUCAAGAUCGGCUGCAGGGGUCCCAACCUUUGUGAGAGCAGUCCGUGCUGGGAUGGCCUGAUGUGCGUGAACCAGUGGUACACGUACCAGUGUGUCCCGCCCGGCGACUGCACCUCUAAUCCCUGCCAGAACCACGGCAGCUGUGUGCCAGAUCCCCACUCGGGUUACACCUGCGCCUGCUCCGAGUUCUACACAGGAAGGACUUGUGAGACCUUGGUGGCCUGUCUGGGUGUCCAGUGUCCUCAGGGUACCGUCUGCAAAACAGCCAACAAUGGCGGCUUUGUGUGCAGCCCCAGCCCCACGGCGGAGACCAUGGUCCUCCCCAUCUGGGCGGUGCCCGCCAUCGUUGGCAGCUGUGCCACUGUCCUUGCCUUGGUGGUCCUCAGCCUGAUCCUGUGCAACCACUGCCGGGGCCGCAACAGGACCAAAGUGCCAAAGGAACCCAAGGAGAAGAAGCCCAAGGAGAAGAAGAAGAAGAAAAAGAAGAAGGGGAGUGAGAACGUAGCAUUCGACGACCCAGAUAACAUCCCGCCGUACGGAGACGACAUGACGGUACGGAAGCAGCCGGAAGGGAACCCCAAACCGGACAUCAUAGAGAGGGAGAACCCGUACCUGAUCUACGAUGAAACAGACAUUUCCCACAACAAUGAGACGGUGCCCAGCGCCCCCUGCGCCCCCUGCAACGGCCCCGAGGCGGAUAUCGAACAUUACGACAUAGACAACGCCAGCAGCAUCGCUCCAUCCGACGCUGACAUCAUCCAGCACUACAAACAGUUCCGUAGCCACACCCCCAAGUUCUCCAUCCAGAGACACAGCCCACUGGGCUUCGCCAGGCAGUCCCCCUUACCGCUCGGAGCAACCAGCUACAACUACCAGCCGCAGUACACGCAAGCACUGAGGUCCACGCCGCUCAGCCACUCCCACUCAGCGUGCCCCACCCCCAACCCUCUGUCCAGACACUCCCCCGCCCCGUUCAACAAGCCCUCGUCCUUUUACCGCAACACGCCGACCAGAGAACUCAACCUGGCUCGCCGUGACGGCAGCCCGCUGGACCUGCACAACGACAUGUGCCAGCCACCGCCCAUGUUCAACUACGCCACCCGGCUGGGGAGGCGCAGCAAGAGUCCACAGACGAUGGCCAGUCACGGCCACACGUCCAGGCCGGGCAGCCGGCUGAAGCAGCCGAUAGAGCAGAUCCCCCUGGAGACGGGGCCGCCCGUGGGGCUGUCCAUCGAGGAGGUGGAGCGUCUGAAUACUCCACGUCCACGCAACCCCAGCAUCUGCAGCGCCGACCACGGGCGCUCCAGCUCGGAGGAGGACUGCCGCCGGCCGCUGUCCAGGGUCCGCAACCCCGCCGACGGCAUCCCGGCCCCGGAGUCCUCUUCAGAAAGUGACUCUCACGACUCCUUCACCUGCUCGGAGAUGGAGUACGACCGGGAGAAACCGGUUUCCUACAGCUCCCGCGUCCCCAAGCUCUCACAAGUCAACGAGUCAGACGCCGACGACGAGGACUACGGCGGGAGGCUGAAGCAGCGGCGUUACUCGAGUCGGAGGGCGGAGGGGGGGCCGGGUGUUUCCCAGAUGCCCCCUGGCGAGCAGCACUACACCCUGCCCCACAAACUGGGCCAGCCAGCUGGGGGCUUCAACUGGGACAAUCUGUUGAACUGGGGCCCCGGCUUCGGACAUUAUGUUGACGUGUUCAAGGACUUAGCUUUGCUUCCCGAGAACGCGGCGGCGAAAGACAUUGAAAUGAACAGUGGUGACGGUUCAGUGACCAUUUUAAACGAAGGAGAAGCUGAGCAAUAUGUAUGA